AUGUUGAUUUCUCGUUGGAGUAUCGUGAAGGGACACAGUUUUGGCGAGCUAAGUAAUCCAUUUAUUCAUUGGGCUUUUCAGGUACUAGAGAUAGCGAAUAAAUAUAAGGACGACAAAUAUCGGUUCGCUGUGGCCGAUGAAGAAGAAUUCGCUGAUGAACUGGAAGCAGUAUAUCUUUGCGAUCUCGCAGGGAAGAUUAAGCCGUUUGUGAAAUCGGCACCAUUGCCGAAAGAUGACAAAGGGCCAGUGAAGACUGUGGUUGCAACAAAUUUCGAGCAAGUUGUGUUCGAUGAAGGAAAAGAUGUGCUGGUCGAAUUCUAUGCUCCGUGGUGCGGUCAUUGCAAAGUAUGUUUGCUUUCAAGUUCAUCAAACUGGAUUGAGCGAGUAUGA